AUGAAAUGUAAAGCCCUCGAUCUUAAGGCUUUGAUUGACUUGGUUAUAAAUGGUGAAAUUGAAAGAUUAAAACUUGCAAUGAACUCAAAACUACAACAACUAAAGAAAAACAUAAUAUGCAUGGAGAAGUAUGAACACCGAUCUAAACGAUUAGCAAACAAAGCCGUGCAGUUUCUCAUGUUUUUUAAAGAAAAACCAUUACCCAAAGCAGAGGCUAUGUGGAGCACAAUUCAGCUGUCCGCGGUUACUGGACUCAGCAAACUGAAUGUGAUCGACUUUUUUAAAGAAGUUCAAAUUACGGAGAUUGGACCUAGAGUGGUGCACAAUAAACAGCUGUUUAAACUGUUGCCUAAAGCUGUUUUACAAAAAGAUGUCACAGUUUUAGGUACUAGUUCUAUUAAUCACAUAUCCCAUGUGACGCCAGACCGGGUUUGGGUAAGCGAUGAUGACAAUAGUUUCCUGAUAGAUACAUCAGGUAACAUUCUUCACAUAUGUGAACACGACUCUUCCUCUGUUGGAGUGCAUACAGUGGCAAAUGCUGGAGAACUUGUCUAUAUAGACAGAGAUAGUAACAUAUCAAAACUAUCUACAGACAACAAAACAAAGACAACAUUAAUUGAAACCGAAAAACUUUUGAAAGUGUAUUGUGUCUAUUGCUCUCCUUCUACUGGAGAUAUUCUUGUUGGAAUGGGGAAAGAGCAUUACGAUGAUCCAGAAGUAAUAGUAUAUUUUACAGAGAACAAGGUGAAAAGGUACAAAAGCAGAGGAGAGGAGGUUCAGACCCUCCAGUUUAAUGAUGUCACAGGGGCAGAACUAUACGAUGAUCCUCCAUUGAUGAUUACUGAAAACCGUAAUGGAGAUGUUGUUGUUUCUAUUUAUCUGACUGGAACACGUUUUGGUGUGUUGGUGGUUACGGACCGUGAAGGAAAAUACCGCUUCAUGUACUCAGGACCACCAUUUCCGCCUCCCCCCUCGUUACCACCCAACUAUAACUACUUUCGCUCAAGUGUACUUAUAAAUCCUCGUGGAAUCUGUACAGAUGCGCUGUCAAACAUUGUGGUCUGUGAUUUCGAUACAAAUACAGUACAGGUUAUUGACAAGGACGGCCAUUUUUUGUCUAUUCUUCUGACAGAAAAACAAGGGAUAGGAAAACCAUGUAGCCUGAGUUAUGAUGAUAUCAAUCACCUUCUUUGGGUGGGAUCCGUCAAAAGCAACAAGCUGUGUGUAUUCAGAUAUAUAGAUCGACAAGACUAUCUUACAGCUUCCAGGCCCCCAACCCCCAAAAAGGACCUUGCCUUAGACCCACUGUGGGCUUCAGUACAGCCACCUGACCCUCUGCCGUCUACUGGGCCCUCCCCCCUUACGAAAUUCCUGGAUCCGCCACU